UACAUGAUUCCAUUGGGAAUCAUUUUAUAAUAUUAAACGAGACUAAAAAAUAAGAAGUUAAUUUUUAAAAAUUUUUAAAUCAGUUUUCGCCGACGGCACAAUGAGAAAAACCAACCCAAGGGUACUAACAAAUGGGAUUCGUGAGACAUCUCGUGAUUUCCACGAUGAUAUUGUCAUUUCUGGUAUUGCUGGAAGGUUUCCCGAUUCCGACAACAUUAAGCAUUUUCAAGAAAACCUAUUUAACAAAGUUGAUCUUGUCUCCAAUGAUGAUCGUCGAUGGAAACUAGAUCAUCCUGAAAUCCCUCAACGUACUGGAAAAGUAAACAAUAUUAACAAGUUUGAUGCUUCAUUCUUUGGCAUAAAUUACAAAAAGGCUCACACAAUGGACCCUAUGAGCCGAAUGCUUUUGGAACACACAUAUGAAGCCAUCAUUGAUGCUGGAAUUAAUCCUAGCCGUCUACGGGGAACGAAAACAGGAGUAUUUAUUGCGGCCUGCUUUUCAGAAACGGAAAAGACUUGGCUUUACGAAAAAUUACAGGUAGACGGAUAUGGGUAUAAUGCAUGUGACCGAUCCAUGCUUGCAAAUCGAAUUUCUCAUUGGCUUGGUGUUACUGGCCCAUCCUAUGCAGUAGACACAGCUUGUAGUUCUAGCCUUUUUGCCAUGGAACAUGCUUUAAGAGCCAUUCGAAAUGGAAGCUGUAAUUCUGCUAUAGUCGGGGCUGCAAAUUUGUGCCUUCAUCCCUUCGUGUCUCUACAAUUCUAUCGUUUAGGUGUCUUAUCCUACGAUGGAAGUUCAAAAGCUUUUGAUGAGAGUGCAAACGGGUAUGUCCGCGGAGAGUCAAUUUCCGUAUUAUAUCUGCAAAAAGCUAAAGACGCCAAACGAAUUUAUGCUACAUUCGUUCACGCAAAAACAAAUUGUGAUGGCUAUAAAGAACAAGGCAUUACUUUCCCUUCGACUGGACUUCAAACUGCUUUAAUUGAAGAAUGUUAUGAAGAAUGUGGUGUUAAUCCUAAAGAUGUAGCAUUCGUUGAAGCUCAUGGCACAGGUACAAAAGUUGGAGACCCCGAAGAAAUUCGGACAAUAGAAUCAGUUUUCUGCAAAGAUCGUACUACGCCUCUCCUAAUCGGAUCAGUGAAAUCUAAUAUGGGACACACGGAGUCGACAAGCGGUUUGUGUUCUGUCGCUAAGGUUAUUAUAGCGAUGGAAUCGGGAUAUAUUCCACCAAAUUUACAUUAUAAACAAGCCCGCCGUGGUCUACAAGCUAUAGCAGAAGGCCGUAUUAAAGUAGUCAGUGAAUUAACUCCUUGGGAAGGGGGCUACGUGGCCGUUAACUCUUUUGGAUUUGGAGGUGCAAAUGGUCAUGUCGUGCUUAUGUCCAAUUUAAAGAAGAAGAUUAAUAAUGGAUUACCUAACGAUGACUUACCACGACUCGUUGCUGUAUCUGGGCGAACGGAAUUAGCAGUUGAUGUAUUACUCAGUGAUGUCGAAAGUCGUCCAGUAGAUGCAGAACAUGUUAGCUUGCUACACGAUAUUCAUGCUGAGAAUGUCUACGGACAUGCUUUCAGGGGCUAUACUGUAAUAGGAGGUCGUAAUAUUGACAGAAGUCAAAUGAAACAGAUAAAGUAUCACUCUGGCAUCAAGAAACAAAUUUGGUUUGUCUUCAGUGGAGUGGGUUCCCAGUGGCUUGGAAUGGGAGAAGCUUUAUCCCGAUUUCCUGUGUUUGCUGACGCUAUUCUAAAAUGUAAUGCUGCUCUAAAGUCAUUUGGCGUAGAUAUUCAUGACAUUUUAACUAGCAGGGACGCAAAUGGUAUGGAUGAUAUAGCCAAAACUUCAGCUGGAAUUACUGCUAUUCAGAUUGGCCUUGCAGACCUCCUUGCUCACGUGGGCAUAUCGCCAGAUUAUAUAAUAGGUUAUUCUGUGGGAGAAAUUGCCUGUGCUUACGCAGAUGGGUGCCUGACUGUAGAACAAGCUAUCGUGUCAGCAUAUUUAUGCGGCUUGACUUCUAAGGAAUCUAAAAUAACUCCAGGUACUGUAGCUACAGUAGGACUUGGCCAUACAUACAUAAAAAAAUUAUGUCCCCCAGACAUUGAAGUGAUUUGUCAUGAUGCAGUUGACACUGCAACGAUUAGUGGUCCCACCGCGUCUAUGAGAAUUUUUAUGGAAAAACUAAAGAAAAACAAAAUCUUUGUGCAAGAAGUGUGUUAUUGCUAUAUUCCUUACCACAGUACUGGCGCAGCUCCACUGAGGGCCAAGUUGACAGAUAGCUUGCAUAAAGUUAUACAAAGCCCUAAACCACGCAGCUGUAGAUGGCUUAGUACUUCAAUGCCACGAAAUGAAUGGACAACACCGAUAGCACGCUUGGCUUCAGCCGAAUACUUUGCCAAUAACCUUUUGAAACCCGUCCUCUUUCAAGAAACAUGCUCAGAAAUGUCUAAAGAUGCCGCAAUUAUUGAAAUUGGUCCGCACGCUCUGCUUCAAAAUAUUUUGCAAAGUUUGACUAAACCUAGUGUUCUUAAUGUAGCUUUGAUGCAAAACCAUCACAACGAUAACACAUAUGUGUUUCUGCGUGCUCUUGGAGAAUUAUACAACAUAGGUUGUCAACCGCAAAUUCACAAACUGUAUCCUAAGAUACAGUAUCCUGUAAGUCGUACGACUCCUAUGAUUUCCCCUAUCAUAAAAUGGGACCACUCAGAAGAAUGGUACGUGACAACAUAUAAUAAAAAUGAGAAAAUAGUUUCUGGAGAAAGAGUAGCAGAAGUCACCCUCGAUGAUGAAGAUUAUGAAUACAUGUCAGGGCAUAUAAUAGACGGAAGAAACCUCUUUCCUGCCACUGGUUACUUAUAUUUGAUCUGGGAAACACUUGGAAUGAUGCGUGGCGAAUUGUAUAGUGAAUUUUCAGUCGUAUUUGAAAAUGUUAAGUUCCAAAGAGCUACAACGAUACCUAGAGUAGGAUCUAUUCAGCUGAUGCUUAUGGUGCAAAAAGUUUCAGGAAAUUUUGAAGUUAUCGAAGGUGGAGCUGCGAUAGUCUCGGGAUCUAUUCGUGCGAUUGUAGAUGCAUCGAAAGAAAAGAUAAACCCUUCCAUAGCAUAUAACGAACAUGAAGAACAAAUCCUCUCCAGAGAUAUUUACAAAGAAUUAAGACUUCGUGGAUAUCAUUAUUCUGGUCUAUUUCGUGGACUCAGAAGUGCUGCUAUUAAAGGAAAUAAUGGUCAAAUUACUUGGGUUGGUAACUGGGUAACAUUCAUGGAUAACAUGCUACAAUUAAAGAUUCUUGGCAUUGACACGAGAGGUUUAUUUGUUCCAACUGGAAUUAAUAAAUUAGUUAUUGAUCCAAAAGCUCACUUGAGUAAAAUUAUCAGUGCAGAUUCUAAUGAAAAAUUUAUUUCUGCUUACGUGCAUAAAGAAUUUCAAACUAUCGUAGCCGGUGGUAUAGAAAUUCAAGGAUUAACAGCAAGUGCUAUAUCAAAAAGAAAACCGGUAGGUAAACCUGUCUUGGAAGAAUACAAAUUCAUAGCACAUCGUGAUAGAACAGAAACUUCCUUGAAAGAAACAGUUCGUCUAGUAACGCAUAUUGCGCUCGAAAAUAAUUUGGGUCUUAAAGUUAAAACUGUUGAAAUAGUUGACGAUACCAAAAUUACUAACUCGGAACAACUUAUUUCGCCUAUGAUAUUAGAAAUUCUUGCUGAUAUACCGCUUAUUCAGGCUGAAGUAGGUAUUGCAAUUGAUUCGAAAAAUGUCGAAGAAGGUGCGAUAUUACAAAAUAUCACUGUAAUUGAACCUUCUAAACUACUUUGCGAAAAAAAUACCCUAAUUGCUGUUGGUCAUAAUAUUUUGUCUGAAGAUAAAAACGAUUUAUCAAUUCAACUUCUCGCCAUCCUCAAAGAUGGAGGUUUUUUACUUACUCUCGAAUCAAUUGAUUCCUCUUUCUCCAAUUCAAAGUGGCUCAAAGACCUAUACAUUGUCGUGGAAAAGAAAACCGAUUCAGGGCUUAUAUUACUCCUUAGAAAAUUGCAAAAGACAAAUAAUCAUGCAUUAGUCGUAACCGUAAAUAACAGCGAAUUUUCUUGGGUGGAAGAGAUGAAAAAAAUUUUCAAGGCUGAAGCCGAGAAGAAAGCAAACGAGAGAACGAGAAUCAUUUUUGUGGCAGAAAAUGAUUUUGAAAGUGGAUUGUUGGGCUUGGUAAAUUGUCUCACUAAAGAACCGGGUGGAGAAAUGAUCCGAGGAGUUUUGGUUCAUGAUACAAAAGCACCUACAUUUUCCUUAAAGCAUCCGAUUUAUGCUAAGCAGCUGGCGCUGGAUUUAACGAUUAAUGUGCUAAAACAAGAACAAACUUGGGGAUCAUAUAGGCAUAUGCCCCUAGCUCCCCUUACAUCACAGCAUGUGCAUCACGCAUGGAUUAAUCAAACUGUACGAGGUGAUUUAAGCUCUCUACAGUGGCUUGAAGGUUGGAUUCAAAAUAACUUUAAGCACGAGAAUCUUGUUCAUAUAGUGUACGCAUCGCUGAAUUUCAAGGAUGUAAUGUUAGCCACUGGAAAACUGGCAACAGAGGUGGUUGCUACAUCAAGACUGCAAGAUUGCGUUAUCGGUUUCGAAUAUAGUGGUUUUGAUUCAUCUGGACGACGCGUGAUGGGUAUGGUAACCGAUUCUGCUCUUAGCAAUAUGCGUGUAGCUGAUGCAAUUUUACGUUGGGAUGUUCCGGAUAAAUGGUCAUUAGAAGAUGCAGCUACAGUCACCUGUGUGUAUGCGACUUGUUGUUACGCUUUAUACAUAAGUGGGAAAAUGAAGAAAGGUGACAAAAUCCUGAUCCAUGCUGGUAGUGGUGGAAUAGGACAAGCUGCAAUAAAUCUUGCAUUGUAUGAAGGAUGUGAAAUUUUCACUACUGUUGGGACUGUGGAAAAACGAAAAUUUAUUACGGAAACAUUUCCACAAAUUCCCGAUGAUCACAUCGGCAAUUCUCGUGAUACCAGUUUCGAACAAAUGAUUGUGACUGAAACUAAAGGAAAAGGAGUUGAUAUCGUUUUAAAUUCAUUAGCAGAAGAAAAGUUACUGGCCUCACUUCGAUGUUUAGCUCGGUCUGGUCGUUUUCUGGAAAUAGGGAAAUUUGAUCUAGUAGCGAACAACUCAAUUGGACUACAUAAUUUCUCUCGGGAAAUAAGCUAUCAUGGGGUCAUGUUGGAUAAUUUAUUUAAUGGCACAAAUGACAAAAAAAUUAGGUUAAGAGACUUGUUUAGUACUUAUUUAAAAAAAGGUGCCAUUAAACCUCUGGUAAGAACUAUUUACUCAAAGGAUAAAGUAGAAACAGCUAUUAGGUAUAUGGCCGCAGGAAACCACAUCGGAAAGGUUUUAAUACAAGUUCGUAGUGAUGGCGAAUCAUUGAAUAAAUCAAUACUUGCUCUGCCUCGAUAUCAUUGCCAAUAUGAUCGUAGCUAUCUUAUUCUUGGAGGCUUAGGAGGUUUCGGUCUAGAACUCGCAGACUGGAUGGUUCUUCGAGGAGCUAAAAAAUUAAUACUUACGUCUCGAACAGGUAUAAAGAAUGGUUAUCAACGAAUGCGAGUGGAAUUGUGGAAGAGUUACGGCGUGAAGGUGGUGAUAAUUUCCGAGAAAGAUGCAUCGAAGCUAGAAGAUUGUGAAUCAAUUCUUAAAACCACUGCAGAAUUGGGACCAAUCGAUGGUAUUUUUAACUUAGCGGUUGUUCUUAAAGACAAUUUUUGGGAAAAUCAGACAAAAGAAACAUUUGAGGAGUCUUUUAAGUCCAAGGCAUGGAGUACAAAGCACCUAGAUGAGUUGUCGAGAAAAAUGUGUCCAGAUCUUCGUCACUUUGUGGUAUUUUCUUCUGUAUCGUGUGGUCGCGGAAAUGCUGGUCAGUCCAACUACGGAAUGGCAAAUUCAGUUAUGGAGAGAAUUUGCGAAAAGCGAGCAAUUGAAGGACUCCCCGCUUUAGCUGUUCAGUGGGGUGCAGUAGGUGAUGUUGGUCUCGUAGCUGAGAUGCAAGAAGAUCACAAAGAACUCGUUAUUGGCGGCACGCUUCAACAAAGCAUAUCAUCUUGCAUUAAUGAACUCGACGGCUUUUUAUGUCAACGGAAUCCGGUUGUUGCUAGCAUGGUGGUUGCUGACAAACAUGCUAAAAGCGGAGGUGCAUCAAACAUUGUUGAUACUGUCCUGAACAUAUUAGGCUUGAAAGACCUCAAAUCCAUAAGUCAACAAACUUCUUUAGCUGAGCUUGGAAUGGAUUCAAUGAUGGCAGUAGAUAUAAAGCAAACAUUAGAACGAGAAUUCGAAGUCUACCUCACGGCUCAGGAUAUUCGUGGUCUUAAUUUUGCCAAGUUGAUACAUAUAUCAAUACAGCAUAGUGAAGGUGAGAAGAAAAUAGAUGAUUAUGGAAAGGCUAACUCGGAAGCUUUGAACGGAAUGCGGCUAUUACUACGAACACUGGGAGCUGAAGGUAUUAAUUCGGAGGGUUCCUUCAAACUGCGUUCCAAAGAAGAAGAAGGAGAAUACAAGAGUCAAGUGUUUCUUAUUCCCGGACUAGAAGGAUUUGGAUCCGUAUUUCUACCGUUAGCCGAUAAAAUCAGAGCACCAGUUACUUGUUUACAAUUUAGCAUAAAUAAUGAUAAAGAUAUUUGUAUUCCGGGCAUGGCUCAGGAAGUUUUACCUCAUGUUCUAAGCAAAAGCAAAGCAAUAAAAAACGUUGUUCUAGUCGGUUACUCUUUUGGAUCACUUGUGACUAUCGAACUCGCUAGAAUUUUGGAAGAUAAAGGCUUUAAUUGUCGAUUGGUACUUAUUGAUGGUUCACCAGAUUUUGUGCAAGCUAUUAAGAAUCAGCACAUUGCUUCACGUUCAGAUAAAGAACUUCAAAACAAUGUACUAAUGGGUAUUUUAAAUUUCUUAGCACCGAAUCUUAGUUCCCAGCUUGCAACUCAUCUUCAGAACGAUAUGACAUGGGAAGAAAAAGUAGAAUCGAUGAUGGCUCUCACACCGACUGGAGAUUUAAAAUUAUCACGGGAUACGAAAAGGGCCAUAUGUACAUCAAUUUAUUAUAGACUUCGAGCAGUAGAUGGUUACACCAAUUUUGCUCUACAACCCAUUCGAUCGUCAAUCCUGCUCAUCAAGCCCACGCUGCCGACGUUAAAUUCUAUACCUGACGAUUAUGGCCUCCAAAGUGUAACUCAAGGCAACUUAGAAAUACGUUAUGCAGAAGGAAAUCAUGCAACCAUACUGGAAAGUGAUAAAAUUUCUGAUGCAAUCAAUGGGAUUAUGAUAUAAGAGAAUCCGUUUUAUUAAAUCAAAAUGCAUAAAAUAGAUGUAUGAUUUUGUUUUAAAUAAUCCAAAUAGAAUGUAAACUCACAGUUGACCAAAGACAGUGUUAACAAAUUCAUUUUUAUCAGACCAUUUGUUUGUGAUUUAAGUAGAUAGUCUAAGCUAUUAAGUCUAUGUCUGUUGAAGCAUCUGAGAAUAUUUGUGAAAUUAUAAAUAAUAAUAUUAAUUCAGAAUAGGAGAAAAUAUUUAAACUAAAUUUUUGUUUG